AUGCUGCCAAAGAAGUCAUUGUCAACGUUGUUCGCCUCCUUUAACACUCCCAUAGUAUCAGAAUGUCGUAUUUUUAAAUGUCACAAUGAUGAUGAUGGUGAUGACGGUGUUGAGUAUUCGAUCAUUUCUAAGUGGAACCAGAUUGAUAUUCUACGUAAAGAUAAUAUUACAUACUCACGAACACAUUUAAUAACGGUACCACAUAAUAAUCAUGAAAAAUUGCAGGUGAAAUUUGCCUCACAAUUACACUUUUCUUCAUUUGGGAAAGGUGGUUAUCCUUCUAGUGGACAACAGAAUAAUGUUUGGGAUAUACAAACACCAGAUGGUUGUCAUAGAGCUGUAUGCAUCCAACCGGUUUCUUCUUCACCAUCAUCUCCACCACCACCACAAGUAAACUCAAAUUCAUCAAAUUCUAUCACAGCUAAUUCUGAAGAAGCAAGUACUGUUGUACAAUUAUGGAUUAAUGGACGUCUUUCAAACUUUGUAAAACUUCCAACAACUCCUCCGAAUGCUGUGCAUGGUCGUGUAUAUCCUACAGAAGGUCGGUCAUUUCAUGGAGCUUCUUGGUCAAAGGCAAGAGAUAAAAUUGUCUAUCUUGCAGAGGAGGUCCCGCCGGGUGAUUCUUCAGAGUCUUGUGGAGGUGAUUCAUCCUUUGCGUUUCAAGAGGAUUGGGGAGAAGGCAAUGAAGGCGUGCAUAAACCAAUAAUUUGUGUACUUGAUAUCACCACUAAAACUGUUACACUGGCUCCAUUGAAAGAAAAUAAUCUUAAUUUGGCUUCAAAUGAACCAAUUUGGACUCCUGAUGAUGAUGGUAUUCUAUUCAUUGGUUAUCCAGUAAAAGCGUAUAAUCUUGGAAUUAUGUAUUGUGUUCAACGUGUAUGUCGUCUUUACUUUUGGAAUAUGAAAAAUGAUACCAUCAAACCAAUCAGUGAUGCUGGUCGAUCAGUUCACUGUCCUCGAUUCAGUCCGAAUGGUGAAUAUUUAGUCUGGCUUGAUAAUCCUGUUGGUGGUCCACAUGGACAAUGUUAUACUUUAAUGGGAAUGAUCUGGUCCUCGGGAGAUUUUCAACCUAAAAUUAUUAUCUCAACAUCAUCUGAAAUUGAUUACGAAUUCUCAGGACUGUAUUGUACACUAUCAGAACGUUGUUGGUCCAGUGACAGUCGGCGUAUUGUAAUCUCAUCUUAUCACAAUGGAUUUAAGGAUGUAGGAUAUAUUGUUUCAGUGACUGAAUCCAUUACUCAAUCGAAACCUGUUAUACUCCAAUUGCCUGAAUUGUAUUUACCAGACAAAGCGUGUAAAUUAUCGUCAUUGAGUAUUUUAGACUUUUAUGAGGAUAUAUUAGUCUGCUGUACAAGUUCUCCAAUUCAUCCUCAUCAUUUAGCUGUAUUAAAUUUAAAAAAUAUAAAUGAUACGAAUACGUCAAUUGAUUUUCACCAACAUCAAUGGUUAAUACUCUCUGAUGGAAUUGACUUGAAACAGUCUUCUGUCCGUUCAGUUAAAGGUAUCGAUUAUGUUAUACGUGGUGGUCAGUAUGUAAAUGGGAAGGAAACAUUCUCUUCUUGUGAUUAUUUACUAAUUUAUCCAAAACUUGAAAAGGAUGGUUCAUUCAAACAAAUAGAUGUAUCUGAUUUCAAUUUUAACGAAGAUAUAAGUGAUCUGAUCGCCAACCGAUUGCAAGGUUUAAUUGUAAUGCCACAUGGUGGUCCACAUUCUGUUUCAAGACUAACAUGGUCUUCAAUGAUUACAAGUUUUUGUAUUUGUGGAUUUGCUUGCCUAUUAAUCAAUUAUACUGGAUCACUUGGUUAUGGUGAUCAGUUUAUUCAGGAUCUGAUCGGAUGUAUUGGCGACAGAGAUGUAUCCGACUGUGUUCAGGCUACUAAAGAUGCUUUAAGUUAUCUUCAACAGUAUGAAUCCAAUUUAAAAGCAGUUUUAUUUGGUGGUUCUCAUGGUGGCUAUUUAAGCUUACAUUUAGCUGGACGAUAUAAUGAUGAUCUGUUCAGUGCAGUUGUAACUCGUAAUCCUGUGACAAAUUUAAUCAGUAUGAUUCAUACAAGUGAUAUACCAGAUUGGUGUUUUACUGAGGCUGGUUUAACCAAUCCAGGUGAAUGGCCACUUGAUCAUCUUCUACCGACUACGAAUGAAUUAAUUCGUUUAACAGAUGUUUCACCAAUGAAAUAUUUAAAUGAUACAUGGUCUGUACCAUUAUUAAUGUUGUUAGGCGGUAAAGAUCGUCGUGUUCCAAAUAGUCAGGGAUUAACAUUUUGUCGAAAACUUAAAGCAUCCUGUCCAAAUAUCCCGUGUGAAAUUCGUUUCUAUCCUCAUGAUUCACAUGCAUUAGAUUCUCCAGCAUGUUCACUAGAUGUCUUUAUCACUACUGUGAAUUGGUUCUUAAAACAUCUGAAGGGGAGAUAG